GCGGGCCUGACCUCCAGGGAGGCGGUGCGUGGCACACGCCUGGGGGGUGGUUGGUUAUUGGUAUGUUAGCAUCUUUCAAACUUGGGUCGCUUUCUUACCAACCUUUACGGUUAUAGCCAACUUCUCGUUCCAGCCGUGGUGUUGACUGGAUGUUUUCUUUCAAUUGGCGUACUUAGAAGAAAAAAAAUUAAAAAGCACUGAAGUAGGCGCUACUUACAUUAGCGUCGCCCUUACUCGUGCCCGCGAAAUCCUGGGAUUACUUUUAUUCCUAAUAAACUAAAAUAAUAUGUUGCAAAUCAGAAGAUUUAAUUGUGUACUCUCUUAAACCGACUGGUGUACCACGCGUGGGAUGCACAUCACUAUUAAUUAUCACAAAAGUCAUGAGGGUCUGGUUUUAACUCCUGUGGGCCUGGGACUUGAUGGCAAUUCAGUUCAACAAUGUUUCCUGAGUACCAGCUGUAUGCCAGGCACUGUGCUAGGCACUUGUGAAGAUACCGGCUUAAAAAUGAAUACCCCAUGUUUUCCCAUCACCCGAAGAGUCUGGGCAGAGACUGGACUACACCGUGGGAGAAUCUGCAAAGGUGUUGCUGGAACAGACAUAUUUCUAGUUGUAUGAGGUGGCCUGGACAUUAUUCUCGUGCUCCUUACCCAUACUUCAGUAGUAGGCAUUUUUCACUAAAUUGGAGACCACCUUGUUUAUUUGAGUCUAGAACUCAGUUUCAGUACAGUAACUGGAGACCUGACAACCUGAGCCAGACCUCUUUGAUUCAUCUCUCUAGUUACAUCAUGAACUCUGAGGGAGAUGAGCCUUCAUCAAAACGAAGAAAACACCAAGGCAUGAUCAAAAGGAAUUGGGAAUAUAUAUGUAACCAUAAAAAAGAAAAAACGAAGAUCCUAGGAGAUGAAAAUGUUGACCCCCAAUGUGAAGACAGUGAGAACAAGUUUGACUUUUCAGUGAUGUCCUAUAAUAUACUUUCACAAGAUUUACUGGAAGAUAAUUCACACCUUUAUAGACACUGCCGACGGCCAGUAUUACACUGGAGUUUUAGGUUUCCCAAUAUUCUGAAAGAAAUUAAACACUUUGAUGCAGAUGUACUUUGUUUGCAAGAAGUUCAAGAAGAUCAUUAUGGAACAGAAAUCAGGCCAAGUUUGGAAUCACUGGGUUAUCACUGUGAAUAUAAGAUGCGGACAGGAAGGAAACCUGAUGGCUGUGCCAUUUGCUUCAAGCAUUCCAAAUUUUCGCUCUUAUCAGUGAAUCCAGUGGAAUUCUUCCGCCCUGAUAUUCCUCUCUUGGACAGAGACAAUAUUGGAUUAGUUUUACUCUUGCAGCCCAAAAUUCCAUGUGCUACCUCUCCUUCGAUCUGUGUAGCUAAUACACAUCUAUUGUAUAAUCCAAGGAGAGGAGAUAUUAAGCUGACUCAAUUGGCAAUGCUGCUGGCAGAGAUUUCCAGUGUUGCACAUCAGAAAGAUGGCAGUUUCUGUCCUAUUGUUAUGUGUGGUGACUUUAAUUCUGUUCCUGGUUCUCCACUCUAUAGUUUCAUAAAGGAAGGAAAAUUGAAUUAUGAAGGACUUGCCAUAGGAAAGGUAUCUGGCCAGGAACAGUCUUCACGGGGACAAAGAAUUUUAUCUAUUCCAAUUUGGCCCCCAAACCUAGGUAUCUCACAGAACUGUGUGUAUGAGGUACAGCAGGUACCAAAAGUAGAAAAGACAGAUAGUGAUCCUACACAAACACAGCUGGAGAAAACAGAGGUCCUAGAAACAGCUGAAAAAUUAUCUUCAAACCUACAGCACCAUUUCAGCUUGUCAUCCGUUUAUUCACAUUUCUUUCCUGACACUGGAAUUCCAGAAGUUACCACUUGUCAUUCUCGAAGUGCCAUAACUGUGGAUUAUAUUUUCUACUCUGCAGAAAAAGAAGAUGUUGCUAGGCACCCAGGAGCUGAAGUUGCUUUGGUUGGUGGCUUGAAACUUCUAGCUAGACUGUCACUUCUUACAGAACAAGACUUAUGGACUGUUAAUGGACUUCCAAAUGAAAAUAACUCUUCAGAUCAUCUGCCUUUAUUGGCUAAAUUCAGACUUGAGCUCUGACUCUUCUUUGAUUAUAUACAUAAUUUUCUUUCUGGUUAUAUUCUUUUUCAAAGACUAUAAAGUUGUUCUUCGGCUUUUGCAUGUUUAUUUUUGUGCUGUGGAGUUUCUGAAGAGAUCAAGUGCUUGAAACAGAUAUCGGAAGAAAGAAGUUUACAACAAUUUUCUUUUUUAAUGAUGAAAAAUAUUUUCCUGACAAUUGAGAUGUAAAUACUCUUUAUUAUAAAAGAUGUGUAAAUAUUUUUUAUUCUAAAUCUUAGUAAAGUUGACAAUGUUUUUAAAAUAUAGUGCAUCUUCUUUAGUCUGUUUAGUGAAGAAUUUCAUUUCAUGUUUUUGGAAAGCUUUAAGUGGAUCCAGAAUAUCUGAGUUCUUGCAAACCACAAUUUGUUUCUGUCCUGUAGGCAUGAUUUCUUUGGGAGAACUCUAUGUGUUUUGAGUCCCAAUUGGCUGUCUCAGAAAUCAUCAGGUCAUUCACAGGUAUCCAGCCUACCAUUUUAGUUUUUGAAGGUAAUAAUGCUUUUAAAUUGUACAGAAUGCUUAAUCCUUCUUAUUAUUGUCCUGAGCCAUGUGAUAUGCCUGUAGUUUGGAGAAAAGGUUUGGGAAAUGUAGGUCACCAUAAGAGGAUGAGGUCUUAUAAGUCUACUCUUUUCACCCCAUAACAGAUAUAGGUGGACCUAAAAGUAGUGGACUUGAGUUAUACCUUUGUUUACCUAGGAUUUUCUUUGUGUUUUUCUGUUUUCUGUAAGAAAAGAUCUGUGGGGCCAGGUGCAGUGGCACAUGCCUGUGACUCAGAGGCUGAGGUAAGAGAAUUGCAAGUUUGAGGCCUCAGCAAUUUAGCAAGGCCCUAUGUAACUUAAGAGAGAACCUGCCUCAAAAUUAAAAUUAAAAAGGGGGGUCUGGAGAUACAGGUCAGUGGUAUAGCACCCCUGGGUUCAGUUCUCAGUACCUUCCAUGAUCCCCACAAAAAAAGAAAAGAUCCCUGAUUUAGGGGAGAGAUUCUGUUUUACUGAACUGAUUUUGUAGAACUAUAUAUUAUUAGGAAAAUUCAUCAGAACAAAGUAGCAGCUAUCAGGGUUCUAAGAAAGUUGUAAAACUCUAGGGGAGAUACCAACUUGGAUACCUAAUUCUCUAGAAGAGCUCUUUAAAAAGCCAUCAGUUUCAGUGGUUUUUGUUUUUUUUUUUGGUACCAGGGAUUAAACCCAGGGGUGCUUAACCACUGGGCCACAUCCCCAGCCCUUUUUAAUAUUUUAUUUAGACAGGGUUUUGCUGAGUUGCUUAAAGCCUUGCUAAGUUGCUGAGGCUGACUUUGAACUCAAGAUCCUCCUGCCUCAACCUCCCAAGCCUGCUGGGAUUAUAGGUGUGUACUACUGAGCCCACCUUUAUUUUGUUUUAUAGUGGUGCACCAGUGAAAGUUGGUGCUUAUUUAUGAGUGGAUUAUGAGAGGUUUUUAUGAGGUCUGAUAAAAUCCUGUAGGUGGCUCUAUGUGUUUGAAUCAAAAACAAAUUUUUUUAAACAAUUUUUUUUGUAGUUGUAUAUGGACAACUUUGUUUUAUUUAUUUAUUUUUAUGUGGUGCUGAGGAUCAAAUCCAGGGCCUCACACGUGCUAGGCAAGCACUGUACCACUUAGCUACAGCCCCAGCCCCUUGAAUCAAAAAAUUUUAAAACACAAAAAGUUAAAAUUUUAUUUUGUAGAGAGUAGGAUCAAUGGAUUAUAAACAUUUUUGCUAAGUAGUCAUUUUUCACUAAAUUAUAAACAUUUUUACAGUGAAUUUUAUUACUAGAAUGUCUUGUCUUCAGUUGGAAAAAAAACAUAAUAGUCUUGGACUUAAAAUUUUUGUACUAAAUCAUUUGCUACAAUUAUUUUUAAAAAAUAAACCAGAUGAAAGCCUCCAAGAAGAUGUGCAGGUGAUAAAAAUUUAUCUAUUAAAAUCUGUAAUAAGUGAGUACUUUGAAAUGUUUAAUUGCUUACUUUUUUUUUUUUUUUUGUAGUUGUAGAUGGAUAGCAUGCCUUUAUUUUGUUUAUUUUUAUGUGGUGCUGAGGAUUGAACCCAGUGCUUCACAUGUACUAUGCAAGUACUGUGCCACUAAGCUACAUCCCAAGCCCUUCUUUUUUAAUUUUUUAUUUAGUGUCAACUAUAGUUCAAAGAUUUUCCUCAUUUUUUAGUAGUGUGUAGAAUAAUAUAGGUCCUGAUUAACAGAUAUAGUCAUCAUCAAAUUAUAAUGUUAAUAGAAUUAUCAUUAUAAAAUUAUAAUGAUAAUAGAAUCUCUUUACAGUAUUGGGGAAAUAAAAAUGAAAAUUCAUUGAUUAGUGCUUCAUGUUGAAUGAAUUUAUUUUAAAAUAACUUUAUUAUAUGUAGGUCAUUUUUAGCAAUCUAAUAUCCCUGAAAACCUCUGUGAAAAUUUUAUAUCCUAAUAAAUACAUUGUGAAUUUUGGCCCAUUUCAUGUGCUUCACUUUGAGAAGAGUUAAUCCAUAAAAUUGCUUUCUAUUUUAACUUAUCAAUGAAGUGUUAUUUUGUGGACCAGAAGCCAACAGGUCACUAUAACUUUCUCACAAGCUUUUAAAGCUCCACUGAAAAGUAAUUAUCUACUUGUCUUUCCUUUUUUUAGCCACUAGAGUUGGUAAUGCUUCUGGAUCCUCAUUUUUACCUGCCAAAAACAAUCGUUAAUUGCAGAAACCAAAUCUCACAGUCUAAAGUGUUAUAUACUAUUCAAGCAAAGGGAGAUUGUGAAAUAAUUAAAUUUCUAUUUUACUCUAUGUUUUAAUAUCAAGAUAAUAUGCAUGUUAGAAAUCUUGUCUCUUUUUUUUAAUUUAACAACUGUCUGCUUUAAACACUUUGCUUUCCUUAAAAAAAUAAAUAAUAAUCAAAGUUAUUUGGGAGCCAGAGAGUUCAAGGGCUUGGGGAAAUGGAGGAGUCAAGUCAUUUGCACUUUGUACCUGUAAAUUAUGUAAUAAAUUAUUAGAAUUGUA